UAGCGUACAAGUGCGGGGUUUGAGAUUCGCGACGUUCCGUAAGAUCACACAUCAAAGUGCUAGUGUGCGCGCCAAUAUCGGAAUCUUGCGAUAGUGGCAUCCUGGAAACCGCAGUUUGUUCGAGGGAAGUGUUACCACCGAGGCGCAGCGUCAGGCACGAGAUUAUCAUCUUCAUCACCAUCAAAGAGCUCGUAAUACUUGCCGUCUGGAUUACAAGCGCAAUGUACAGUGCACCGAAGUUUUUUUGGGUGAACACAAUAACAACUUCCAUAGGCGAUACUGAAGAAACCGUGUGCAUUGCAAAUAGGCGAAAAUUUAAUUCGCAAAUUUUUGAUAUGGUAAAUUUCGUAUUUCUGUACGUGGUACCUCUAGCCAUCAUGACGAUACUGUACACCAGAAUCGCAUUUGGCCUGUGGAACAGCUCUAGAAAACUGGAACGACAGCUGAACGCCUGCUCACAUGAGCUGCAGCAGUCAUGUCGACAUAAAUCGUCAGAUAAAAAGGGCGAAGUACGACCAUCGCGCACUUCGGAAAAUGGACUGUCCAACCCAAAUGCCAGCCAGAAUGUACUUCGAGCAAGGAGAGGAGUAAUUAGAAUGUUAAUAGUUGUAGUAUUAACAUUUGCUUUAUGUAAUUUGCCCUUUCACGCCAGAAAAAUGUGGCAGUACUGGUCGCACUCUUACCAGGGAAACACGAAUUUUAGCGCCCUAUUGACACCGUUAACAUUUUUAAUUACUUACUUCAAUUCUGGCAUUAAUCCACUGCUUUACGCAUUUCUAUCCAAGAAUUUUCGUAGAGGUAUGCGCGAGAUGCUGUCUUGUAAAUACUUCGGUAGCAAGUACAGUCAAAGGCAGCAACAAUCAUUUGCUGUUAGUUUUCGCCACAGGCGUGCCUCUUCGAGAUCCACCGUGAAAGGUACUGUCACAACUGUAACAAUAAUAAAUACUGAAGUAAGUUCAGAUCAGCAUGAUGUAUAAUUACCGUUUUAAAUGUACCACGCGAAAGUAGGUACAUACUCGCAUAAAAAUUAUUUGUUGUAAGUAAUAUGUUUUCGCAGCAUUCAUUCUAUCUGUGAUUAACUACGUCCCUUUUUGUUUGUCAUCCUGUCACCCAAUUUGAAUCAUAGACCAAAAAGACUUAAGCAAGCUCAAACCCAAGAAGUUGACGUGCUUGAAUACCUGCGCGCACUCCAUUUUGUCUUUUUGCUCGUGAUUAGGUUUUCUUAGAUCAUACGAUCAUUCGCAAAAUAUGUAAAUAUUGUUAUGCGGUAGCAUUGUAUUUAUACAAUGGUGGUAGUUAUAUAACUCAAUGAAAUUAUUUGGAUAUUUUUAAAUAAA